AAACUAUAUAUAUGUAUACCUAUUAUUUAUCAAAUGAACAUUGAUAUAAUGAUAGAAUUGAGCAUGUUUAUUUGUGUUUAUAUUAUAUUCAUUCCAACAUGCAAAUGGCUAGUUGAAUAUGAUGGUCGGAAAUGUUUGGACACAUGAAAUAUGAAAACACAGGUUCAGGUUGUACAAGAGCCGAACGAGGGGUGAUGGAUCUGUCGACGAUUUUCUUGGGCCUUGAGAGCCUUAUCAUAGAGAGUAGCGCAUGAGAUUGAGACGAAGAAAUACUGAAAUAGAGAAUAAAUAUGGAAAGCCCAACACGAAUUUCGUCCGAGUGAAUUUCCACCAUCAUCAUUCAUCAAUCGACUUCUCUCUCCUCUUCGCCAUCAAGAUCAACUACAAACACAGAAAUCCUCUUGAAAAUCCCCGCUCAACACCACACACUUUCUUGCAAUUCUAGUCUAAUCUGUGGUUUAUUUUGAUUCUGCUUCGCGCGUCUGAAAGUUCAACUGCGGACAAUGAAAUUCGCAAGCUAGAAUCACCCCGUUUCAGUUCGAAAAGAAGCGGAUUUCAAUGGCGAUACGCAGAGAUUGUUUUCUGGCAUUGUUUUUCUGUUAUGCAGUUGUUUCGGAGGUAACCAAUGCCACACAAUGGGAUUCAAGAAAGUUGUUAGAGCCGGCUUCCAACCAUAAUUCCACGAGAACGUCCCCAGGUUCCCCACUCAUCAGUCCGGUUCCUUCGGUGAACAACUCGGAUUCUGUACCCGUCAACGGAAAGAAGAAGCAUAACGAACCACCGCUGCCGGCGCCCAACAAGUCAUCGUCUAAUGUGGAUACGAAACUACUCAAUAAUUCAAGUUCCAGUAGUUCACCUGCUAUAAGCGAGACUGGUAGUCGUAAGCCUUCUGACACGAAGAAGGAGAACGGGACUGAAUCAAGUAAUCGUGAAACUUGUGAUGGGGUACCUGACAACAACAAGUGCCGGGACCAGAAGAAGUUGGUUGCUUGUAUCCAAAGUAAUCUUAUUGAGUCCAGAAAUUUUGCUGUUUUAGUCCUGAACGAAGGAGAAGAUACAAUAGAAGUGAAUGUUACCGGAGGAAACUUUUUCAAGGGGCUUAAGAUUUUAAAACUUCAAACGAAAAGGAUCACCAUUCCACGGAUGGCCGAAACAAGCAUGAAACUAGUAUUAGAUGCUGGGAAUGGAGAAUGCGUGCUUUACACAGGCCCUCCUGUUUCUGGACAGGACCUUUUUCUGCAUCUCCCCUCAUUUGACCAGCUAGCAACACCAGUGAACGGUGCGUACUUCUUAAUUCUUGCAGUCCUAAUCUUUGGGGGGUCUUGGGCUUCCUGCAAGUUUAGGAGGAGGCAAGCAGGUGGUAUCCCAUAUCAAGAGCUUGAAAUGGCAGUGCCAGAAUUUUCCUCAGCUGUCAACCUUGAAACUGCUGAAGGUUGGGAUCAGGGUUGGGAUGAUGAUUGGGAUGAAGAAAAUUCUGUGAAAUCACCGGGGGGGCGCCAUAUUGGAAACAUUUCAGCUAAUGGCCUUACUGCUAGGUCCAACAAAGAUGGGUGGGAGAAUGAUUGGGAUGUUUAGUUAAUAAAACAGCCUGAGAAGAAAACAAACUUCUGGUCUCUCGACAAAUUGAGCAGUUGUAGGUCACUGGAAGGCAGGAAGAACAUUGUGAAUAACAUAAUGGUACCACUGAGGUUAUUCCGUAGUUGAAUAUAAAUCUUCUUCCCACUUCUGAUUAGAUUAUAGAGUUUGUAAGCUGUCGCCGCAUAUUUGGGCAGAAGCCAUAAAGCCGGUCCAUACAAAAUUUUGGGUUUGUUUUGGUGGGAUGUGUAGAAUGCAUGGCUUUUUAUGUCUUUUUUGAACUUUUACUUCUUUAGAAAACAGUUCCAAUUUUUUUCUAUAUGAUAGCUUUACAAUAUAUAAAUGUUCAUGCGAGCUUUAAAAUUA